AUGCAACAAUUCCCGGAUCCCUCCCAGAUUCACAUCUCUCCGCCUGCUAAUCUUUCUCCGAUGACUGUGCCUUUCGACGAAUACGACAAUCUUGUUGCAGGAGCACUCGUGGUCGGUCUGAAAGGCACCACGCCGCAUGCUUACAUGAAUGCGUUGAAAACCUUGGACUCCGCCAAAGGAAUGACCACUGCGCAAUGGUGUGACUACUAUCGAUCACGCUCUGAUGUUAUCAAACGGUGCAUGGAUGAGGCGAUCCGUGCCGCACCCUCCCAUGAUUCGCAGUCCCCUGUCGGCCCCGCGAGUGUAGACGCUCUGCGCUCCGGAAGUGGAAGUAUCUCAAAGUCGAUGCAGCGGCAUGCUGAGGGUGCUAAGGUGCACUCUUCGGAGACAGGUUCUGAAAUUCGCCGCGCCCGUCACGCAGCUGCGUCUUCUCACAAACGCGCACGCACUCCUGAAAUUUCUACAUCUGCUUCGGACGAGCACCACCCCUCAAGAAAGCGUCGAAGACAAUCGCGAGGAUCGGGAAGAAAAAGGAAGGUGACACUUGAGCACAAACGACUAAUGGCGGAAUGGCAACAUUCAUGGGGUGCUGCUUGGGAAGACAUGAUUGCGAGUGAGAGGUGGGGGCCUUUCGCCGAAGAGUAUCCCAUUCGCUCGCCGGAGGCGUGGGGUAUCGCGUACGAUCGCCGAGAAGACGAGAUAACAGACAUGGCCCAGGCCCUGUGA